AUGACACUUCAACCAAUUUCUCCUUUUCUAAUUGAUAUUGAGCAAAAAUAAUAUAAAUUAAUAUCAAACUAAGGUAUAAAUUUAUAAUAAUGAAGUUUCUGAUGAUAAAUGUUAAGUCUAAGUAAAAUUACCAUUAUAUAAAUGUAGAAACAAAAAUUUAGAUUUGAAGUUUGA